UCCUUCGCACUGACACACCUCUCCGAAUCUUCUUCGCGGAAUGCGAGCUGGAACGUCGGUAGUGCGGGAUUAAACACGUCACGGUACCAACGCGCCGCGGAUCCGGUGUCUGGUUGAACGUCAGAUGCUAGAGCACGUCACUUUCGACCAAUCUGAGCGUAGAUGAGCACACUAGCGACCAAUCGUUGCAAAGAAACGCUGCAGUGGGAAGAAAUCUGACACGUAGAUUCGAUAUGGGACCAGGGAAGUUCCAGUCGAUAAUCGUAUUUUUCCACUUUUCGACACUCGUAACUUAAGUCGCCCUACGACUAAAAUUCUCCCAUAUUCUAUAAUCAUGUUAGGGAGGUUUGAGAUUUAUUUUUGAACGAGAAGUUUGUUUGAAGCGGAAAGUAAUGUUACUGCGUAUAAAGACGAGCAGAAAGCCACUACUUAUGUAAAUAUUUGUGUCGCUCUUCUAGUGACAUAUAGUGUGAGGUCUGUUGCAUGAUGUAAAAGUAUAGGUUCGUUCGAGCACAUUGAAACAAUGGUUACGUGACAACGUACUAGGUCAGUUACAUAAAAAUGUGAUGUAUUUGUUUUUUUGCGGUAUGCGACUAAUCUAUUUUGGAAUACGCCGCAUUAAUAAUUCAGCAACUUUAUCGUUGGAGUGAAUCAGUUCCGCGAAGAACGUAACGUGUUACCAGAUGGAGUUGAUGGUACGUGUUACGUAUCCACGUGAUACGAUUACGAAAAUGGAUAAUAUUUGGAACUACGCAACAUUUUCAUUUACGACCAUGAUCACUUUGUUUAUUAAUAAUUUAUUUUUUUUUAUGUCAUUAAUUUAAAAAUAAAUACAUUAAAAAUUUGUUUAACAUCAUAUCAUAGAUCGUAUAAUUAAUAUAAGAUAAACGAUGCGAUAUAAUAAAAUUAAUUACGUGUAAUUAAUCACAUUUAAUUAAUGAAUCAACUGUUUCAAAACUAAAUACACAUAAUAUUCUGGACAUUUUAAAUACAUUAGGAGUUACGUAAUGAUUAAUCACAAUGUUUAAUGAUAAAGCACAAUUAUGAUGCAACCUCUUACGAACUGUCACUAUAGCGAAAUACCUAUAACCAAAUUUUACACUUUGGAACGCCUGCGUUAAACUUAUAUCGAAAUGACUGGAAUCGAAACAACGAACAACUAUUCUGUCGAUCAAACAGUCAAUUCGUCGUUACUCCUCCAUCCAACGUACUAACCCAAACCACAAUGAACAAACAAGAAAAAUAAUAUUCUCAAAAAAAUAGGGAAAAAUGUAGUUGAAUACAAGACAUCGUAAUUAAUCUAUUAACUCGGCAAUCAUACAACUGGAACAAAGCAAACAUAACUCGUGAUGCAUAAAUUAGAUUCCACGGAUUUCGCAGACCACGUAAAGUUGCUAUUGGAACUGAUGACAGGCAAUUCUAAGCAAGAAUCGGUAAACCACGAAAACAAGGACUAUAUUAUCAGCUCCGAUGAAUCAGAUAUCGAGAACGAAGAUAACGACAAGACAAAUGAAAACGAACAGAAUUUUGGAAAUGGACGUGAUUACGACACGAUUUUUCGCUUAAGCAAAUCCUAUGAAGAUCACGCGAGGAACACGCGAAAACACUUAAAACCGGACACGCGUAAAGAUGCCUGGAACGAUUUUGUGUUCGAGGACAAAAUGUACAGAGUAAUCCCUUUAAGAUUGGACGAAAAAAUAUUCAAAUCAAAAUACACAACUUCCACUAAUAAGAGUCGAUUCAAACAAAAUGAUAAAUAAUAAAAAAAACAGAAAAAACAAUAUCUUAUCGUAAUAUUUAUUUAUAUGGCAAAUUUUAUUAAUCGACAGACUGUAGAUAUUCGCGUAAUUGUAGCACAUUUAAAAGUGGAAAAAUGUACAGUAUGCAGUAACGUAAUAUCCAAAUUAAGAUAUUCAUUGUAACGUUUGAUCAGCGAAAUAAGUUUUUUCCUUAGUUUUUUAUUUUUAGUUGCUUUUUUAGUUUGUUUAGCCCUCGCCGUUCCAAUUACGUUCACAAAAAAUUAUGUUCCCGUUUAUCGAGGUUUUUAUGAUAAAAAUGAACAGUAGCUUGGAUUAAUUGAAAUCCAACUUUGAUAAAUAUAAAUCCACCUAAAUGGCGGGAUAAGCAAUACAGAAGAGAAAACGGUAUUCUAGCAGAAUAUAUAUUUAAACUACAAAAUCCAGUUUCAAUCCAUAAAAAUUAAUCCAAACGAAAGGAUAAGUAGUAAAAAGGAAGCAGCAUUUCUUCGUA